GUUUUAAUUCAACUACGUUACGUUCGUUUUUCCAUCGAGAGACUUAUUAAACUUUGAAUAAUACGUAUUAUUCGACGUUAAUAAAGAAAUGGCGCGUACGAAGCAAACUGCAAGAAAAUCGACUGGUGGUAAAGCUCCUCGUAAACAAUUAGCUACUAAAGCUGCUCGUAAGAGUGCUCCUGCAACCGGUGGUGUUAAAAAGCCUCAUCGCUAUAGACCCGGUACUGUAGCACUUCGUGAAAUUCGUCGUUAUCAAAAAAGUACCGAAUUACUUAUUCGAAAAUUACCAUUCCAACGAUUAGUCCGCGAAAUUGCGCAAGAUUUCAAAACUGAUCUUCGCUUUCAAAGUUCCGCUGUAAUGGCUCUUCAAGAAGCUAGCGAAGCGUAUCUCGUUGGAUUGUUCGAAGAUACGAAUCUUUGUGCGAUUCAUGCUAAACGAGUAACUAUCAUGCCUAAAGAUAUCCAACUAGCUCGUCGUAUUCGAGGAGAACGAGCUUAAGAAUUAUGUCAUCAAUUAUUAUUACAUUCAACGGCCCUUUUCAGGGCCAA